UCACAGAGCGGAUCAGCACUUAUCAGGGCACUGAUGAUCACUUCCCUGAUGAUCAGUGCCCAGCAGUGCCGCCCAGAAGUGCCUCCCACCAGUGCACAUCAGUGCCUAUCAGUGUCACCGAGCAGUGCCACCCAUCAUGCUGCCUAUCAGUGCCCAUCAUUGCUGCAUAUCAAUACAGCUUCAUCAAUGCCUCCUGAUCAAUGCCCACGAGUUUUGCCUCAUCAGUGCAACCUAUCAGUACCUAUCCAUGCCACCUCAUCAGUGCCCAUCAGUACUGCCUAUCAGUGCCUAGUGCUGCCUAUCAGUGCUGCGUAU